GAUGGACCAAACUCCGCCAGUGCGAUCCGAGUAUCUGGUCUCAGGGAUUCGAACCCCCCCUGUGAGGAGGAACAGCAAACUGGCCACCCUGGGCAGGAUCUUCAAACCCUGGAAAUGGAGGAAAAAGAAAAACGAGAAGCUGAAGCAGACGACGUCAGCGCUGGAGAAGAAGAUGGCGGGCAGGCAAGGCCGCGAGGAGCUCAUCAAGAAGGGGCUGCUGGAGAUGAUGGAGCAAGACUCCGAAAGCAAAACAUGCAGCCCCGACAGCGGCCCCCAGUCUGCGCAGAGCGAGCCCUCCACACCUAGGCAGGAGACGCUGAGCUCGGAGGACGCCCAGCCGGGAAGCCCCUUGGCCUCGGGCACAGACCAGGCUUCCCUGGAUGAGCCGCUGUCCUCGGCCACCCGUUUGGACGACGCAGCCAAGAUGCCAUCUGCGUCCAGUGGUGAAGGAGCAGAUGUCGACAGCCUUCUGCCCGCCGCCGCCGAGCUCUCCCAAGCCUCAGCGGGGCCCGACUCCCUGGACAGCCCUCUCAGACCGCUGGAGAGAUCCGCGGGCCCGCUGCCCAGCCCCCCACUGCUGCCCACCCCGCCGCCCAAGGCCGGCGCCAAAGCCGCAAAGAAUGUCACAGGCCAAGCCGCGCUCUUCCAAGGCCCCGGCAUGAAGAGCACCGACCCCCCGCUCCGAGGACAGCUCUCCACACCCACCGGGUCUCCGCAUCUCACCACUGUCCACCGGCCGCUGCCCCCCAGCCGCGUCAUCGAGGAGCUGCACAGGGCGCUGGCCACCAAGCACCGCCAGGACAGUUUCCAGGGCCGGGAAAGCAAAGUGUCUCCGAAGAAGCGGGCGGAUGUCCGUCUGUCCCGGACGUCCAGCAUGGAGCGGGGCCGGGAGCGGGAGGAGGCCUGGGGCGCGGACGGGGCCCCCGAGAGCAAGCGGACGGCAGCCAAGGAGUCCGAGGAGAACAAGGAGAACCUGAUCGGGAAUUCCGAGCUCAAGGACGACUUGCUCUUGUACCAGGACGAGGAGGUGCUGAACGACUCCAUCAUCUCUGGAACGCUGCCAAGGAAAUGCAAGAAGGAGCUCCUGGCGGUGAAGCUGAGGAACCGGCCGAGUAAGCAGGAGCUGGAGGACCGGAACAUCUUCCCCAGGAGGACCGACGAAGAGAGGCAGGAGAUCCGGCAGCAGAUCGAGAUGAAGCUCUCCAAACGGCUGAGCCAAAGACCAGCUGUGGAGGAGCUGGAGAGAAGAAAUAUCUUGAAACAAAGGAAUGAUCAGACGGAGCAGGAAGAAAGAAGAGAAAUCAAGCAGAGGUUGACAAGAAAGCUAAAUCAGAGACCCACCGUUGAUGAAUUAAGGGACAGAAAAAUUCUGAUACGAUUCAGUGAUUAUGUGGAAGUAGCAAAAGCACAGGACUAUGACAGGAGGGCAGACAAACCCUGGACAAGACUGUCGGCAGCAGAUAAGGCAGCAAUUCGUAAAGAAUUAAAUGAAUACAAAAGUAAUGAAAUGGAGGUACAUGCAUCAAGCAAGCAUUUGACAAGAUUCCACAGGCCAUAGAGAUUUUCUUCUGAGAAGAAUUUGUGUUUAAUUUUUGAUACCAACACUGAACAUUCAUCAGGGAACUUUCCUGAAGUUCAGCUCAAGACUACCUGCUGUGUUUGUGAGAAGAGCAGGAUCACACACACAGGUGCAAUCUUGGCCACACUUACCUGCAGCAAGAGGAGUAACCAGAGGACACACUUCCUUCUUUGUUGUCUGAGGAGUGUGAAAUGUUGGGGUCAGUUAAGACCCAAAGUCACUCUACCAGAAGAAAACUGUCGUUUGCCUUUCAACCUUGUUUUACAGUUCUGCAGUGUAAUGGAGGAUGGGCGCCAUGCAUGUGCAGGCUCACCACUCCCAGGCCUCUGUCAUGAGGGACAUGUGACACAGUGUCAUUCAGUAUUAUGUUGAAAAGACAUUUUUAUCCCGAUCACAAUUAAUUUGAAAACUCUUUAAGUUCAUGUUAUACAAAAUGAUUUACUGUAUUAUACUUUUUCUUUUUUUUAUAUAAUGUUUAACAAAAAAUACAGAUGCAACAUUUUGAUUCCUGUUAAUUUUGUUCUUUAAUUAAAUGAUUACUUAUUGCAGGAAA